AUGAACUCCAACGCGCUGGGAACCGGUCGUCACCGCCGUCAAAUCUCCACCCCAGUUGCUCCAUACCAACCAGUCAUGACCAAUAUGCAACCCCAUCGGUCACAUCGUCGAGGCCAGACUGUGGACUACAACUCCUUCAGUCAACAGCCCAAUGUCGACCGACACAUGCCGAAGACGGUCUCGCAGUUGCGAGAUUAUUUUAACGAAAAAUCAGGUUUCUCAUAUCAACCGAGGGAUGUACAGCAGUAUCAAUCCUAUGCCCAGCAGCCCGAGCAGGCUUUCAUCCCACAUGGCAUGCACAUGCAGCAGCCAUAUCAAUAUCAACAACAGUCGCUCGGGUCUGACUGCCAGGCUUUCAACCAAGAACAAUUGCAAGCGAUCCACACCACCACUGGCAGCCCUGCGCCCUCGUCCAUCGGUGCUCCGGCCUUGUCCCGAUCAGCCAGUGAGAGCUCCGAAAAUACACCAUUGAAGCGUGCGCUGCACCGUAUGCAACAAGAGCAAUUCUCGAACCAACAACAGCAACAAUAUGUCGGCAAUGCCGAUUGGGAAUUGUACUCUCGGCGCAACAUGCCAAUCAUCCAAAACGAGCAGGUGACGGCCUAUGCCGGACCAAUGCACCCAGUCUCUGUUCAACCAAAGGCUCCAUCUGCGAAAAUUCUUUCGCAAAUGUCUACUGCUUACUCCCCCUUGACCCCCGAUUCUACCCCAUUGAAAAGAUCUAUUGAUUAUUCCAUGUACAGCAAUGUCCCAACACCUUCCAAGUCCCAAAGUUUCUCAUUCCCCCAUAACCCCGCUACUGCUGAGAUGCAGAGAGCGCAGUCUUUUCAAGGAGCCUAUGUCAAUUCUGUGCAGAUUAAGCAGCAAAUGCCCUCUCCGGUCAAUUCCCCGAUUAGCACGUUCGCCGAAAUUGCCGAUAUGCCAUCCCCGAGUUCAUAUGGAAUGACGCCUCAAAAUUCCAAUAUCUCAAUCACAUCUUCCACUGGCAGAACCAAAAAACGUGCCCCGUCUACUGUGUCGUCUCCCAUCGAGCUAGCCGCUCACGAUGAUGACCUUGACGCCCGAGUCAAGGCCUCAGUCCAGGAAACCGGCGUUUCGACUGACGAGAUUGCCAAGUUCAUCUCCGGCCCCGACCCCAAAGAUGGAAAGUGGGUCUGUCUAUUUACAGGCUGCCUUUGCCGCUUUGGUCGCAAGGAAAACAUCAAGUCCCACGUCCAAACACACCUCGGAGACCGUCAAUUCAAAUGCGACAUUUGCGAAAAGCACUUUGUGCGCGGACACGAUCUCAAGCGCCAUCUCAAGACACACAGUGGCAAUAAGCCCUUCGCCUGUGCCUGUGGCGCCAGCUUUGCUCGACAGGAUGCCCUAACUCGGCACCGCCAGCGCGAUAUGUGUGUUGGAGGCUUCACCGGUGUAGUUCCAAAGACCACCAAGCGCGGUCGCCCCCCGAAGAAGAAGAACAGCCGUCCGGAUCUCGAUACUCGCCAGGCCAAGUCCACUCGUACUCGUCAACGUGUUGCUGAAAAAUCCACCUCAAACGGUUCAGCCCAGACCCAUGCCACUCUGCAAGAUGCUCCCGUGUUCAACUCGCCCAACUAUGCCCCAUCCAGUGCCGUCUCAUCCUAUACGCCGCCCACCUCUCCCGGAGACAGAUACCACACAAUGUCCCCGCCAUGCCACACCUACAACCCCGUGAAUGCCCGGCUCGAGGAUGACAUGCUGCCCUUGUCACCACCUCAACUCGCCCACGCUAGAUACGAACAGGCAAUGGCUCAGUACGCAUCGAAUUUCAGCUCGCAGACAUACUCGCAGGAAUCCACGUACUCGCAGGAAUCUCUCUAUAGUGAAUCUGCCCUCUCGCCUCGGGAGAUGUCUUCCCCUCGGUCGGCGCCCACUCUGGCCGAAUCAUCCGUCAGCUCGGAGAUCGAUAUCUUCAUGACCCAAGAUCCCUCCGAGGACUUGCGACAGGAGUUCGGUCAUCUCGCUCACUCGGGCAUCCCUGGUUUCCCGACUUAUCAAUUCGUCGAUGCAACCGACUUCGCCCCUGUCUCGUCAUAUUAUCCCGAGAAGACCUUCUCUGGUAUUGAUGACCUGACGGACCCAAUCGACUGCUUGUCCAGCGAGUUCCUAGUGGACCCUUGA